GGUUGCCGUCUUCAAAAGCUCUUAUCCCUAGAGGAAACAACCCCGUUGCAGCUCCGUCCAAACUCAAAAAUGGCGAAGCCAAUAUCGAUCCAAGUGUGGAACCCUAGCGGGAAGUACCGAGUUGUAAGUACCAAAUCCAUGCCCGGAGAUCGGUGGAUUCGUCUCUUGACUGACCAAGACUGCCGCGUCGAGAUAUGCACCGAGGAGAAAACUAUACUAUCGGUGGAUGACAUUCUUACUCUGAUCGGGGAUCGGUGCGACGGAGUAAUUGGACAGUUAACGGAGGACUGGGGUGAGGUGUUGUUCUCUGCACUGAAGAGAGCCGGAGGAACCUCUUUCAGUAACAUGGCUGUUGGGUACAAUAAUGUCGAUGUCAGUGCCGCUAACAAAUACGGGGUUGCUGUUGGGAACACCCCUGGAGUUCUGACAGAGACCACGGCAGAAUUGGCUGCUGCGCUUUCACUAACAGCUGCCAGAAGAAUAGUUGAAGCAGAUCAGUUCAUGAGAGCUGGCUUAUAUGACGGAUGGCUUCCUCAUUUGUUUGUUGGAAACUUACUCAAAGGGCAGACAGUGGGAGUGAUUGGAGCUGGUCGUAUCGGGUCUGCGUACGCUAGAAUGAUGAUUGAGGGUUUCAAGAUGAACCUCAUAUACUAUGACCUGUAUCAGGCCACAAGACUAGAGAAGUUCGUGACAGCAUAUGGACAGUUCCUACAAGUAAAUGGUGAACAACCUGUUACAUGGAAACGAGCUGCUACCAUGGAGGAUGUGCUUAGAGAAGCCGAUGUAAUAAGUCUUCAUCCUGUGCUGGACAAGACUACAUAUCACCUCAUAAACAAAGAGAGACUGGGUAUCAUGAAGAAGGAAGCAGUGCUGGUGAAUGCAAGUCGAGGACCAGUGAUUGAUGAAGCUGCUUUGGUUGAACAUCUGAAAGCAAACCCUAUGUUCCGGGUCGGUCUUGAUGUUUUUGAGGAUGAACCAUUAAUGAAACCUGGUCUUUCUGAGCAGAAAAAUGCAGUUGUUGUUCCACACAUUGCUUCUGCCUCGAAGUGGACGCGUGAAGGAAUGGCCACCCUUGCCGCUUUAAAUGUUCUUGGAACGAUAAAAGGAUACCCGGUUUUGGGUGAUCCAAACAGCAUGGAUAAGUUCUUGGACGAGAGCUCUCCUGUUCCUGCAGCAUGUCCAAGCAUUGUUAACGCCAAACAACUUGGUUUGCAAAUUUCAAAUCUGUGACGCAAUGCAAGAUGGGCUCGUGCAGACUGCAGAUGAAAGUCUUUUAUAUUCGCAUUUCUUAUCGAAUCAUAUCUAAGGACAAUUUUAGUCGUUGAUAUUCAUAAAUCAAAAUUGUCCAAAUCUCUAGUUGUGGGGUUUUGAAUGAAAUCCAGCCCGAGCUUCCAAAUUGACAUU